ACCUACUUUAACAAAUCAUAUAUGAAUCGUAUGCAAACACCAAUCUUCACAUUCUCUUACCAUAAUUAAAUUUCUCCACCAAAAAUUACAAAAUCGUUUAUUUGUCGCAUGCUAAUUAAGCGAUUCAUAUUACAACAAUAUAUGGCCUCCAUGGUUAAUGUUAUGAGUCCAAUAGUUACGAGAAAUCUCAUCACCAAAUUCAUAACUCAACGGCUCAAACCAGAUCUACCUUCUAUACAACAUUCCGGCCGGUUCAAUGCAAUCAAGGAUGAUCCAAAAAAGAUGAUAAAUAAGUAUGCUUCAAGGAGAAAUACCGUGGUUUCGUGUUUAGAUCAAUCCAAUCCUAAGUCGAAUCAAAUCUCUGGGUAUGAUGCUGUUAUGAAAUUUUAUUCCUCUAUAAACGAAAAGAAUCAAGAUCGAUUAAGAAGUUGCAUCUCCAACGAUUGUUUUAUCGAUGAUUUCUCCUUCUCUAAGCCUUUUCAAGGGAAAAAUGAAGCUAUGAAGUUUUUUGAAGAACUUGUGAAGAGUAUGGGACAAAACGUAAAGUUUUGUGUUGAAAAUGUGUGCGAAGGAGAUGGACAUAGUGCUGCUGUUAAUUGGCAUCUUGAAUGGAAAGGACGAAAAAUACCCUUUACAAGAGGAUGCAGCUUUUAUGAAUUUACAGACGAAGGAGGAAGAUUGGUUAUUAGAAACGCGAAGAUUUUGAUUGAAUCACCAAUUAAACCGGGAGGAAUCACACUGAGCCUGUUAAAGAACAUCACGUUCUUGUUCGACGAAUUCCCAAAAGGAGCUGAGUUGUUUUUGGAGAAACCUUAUGCUAUAAUCCAAUCAGCAAUACGAAUUUAUGCACUUUUCUUGGCGCCACUCAUAAACCAUGUAAUGGCAAGCUACCUGAAGCUAUUAAACAACAUGGCCGAGUUCUUCUUAUUGGUCGUCAAAAUCAUCAUCAAAAUUCGAAACCUCUUCUCCAAGUAGAACAAAUAACAAGCAUCACAUCUUUUUAUUCUUGAUUAAUCAUCUUUUUCCUACAUUUGAUGAUACAUUUCACCAACCAUCAAUUAUAUGAUUAUUUGUAUUUUUAAACAACAAAAACUAAAAAUCUUCAAGGGAUGUUAAUUAGAGUCUAGAGAUAUGCUAAAAUGAGUUUUACUUUA